CAUCUUGUCUUGUUCAUGAAGAAGUAGAAGCAUCGAAAGGGUUGGAGAGGUAUUACAGGAACGGUGGCGACUGCGGUGUUCCGGAACCCGAGUGGAAACUUAGAGGAAGGAUGUGGGACCAAGGAGGACAGCCCUGGCAGCAGUGGCCCCUGAACCAGCAGCAGUGGAUGCAGUCAUUCCAGCACCAGCAGGACCCAAGCCAGAUUGACUGGGCUGCUUUGGCUCAAGCCUGGAUUGCCCAAAGAGAAGCUUCAGGACAGCAGAGCAUCGUAGAACAACCACCAGGAAUGAUGCCAAAUGGACAGGACAUGGCUACAAUGGAAUCUGGUCCAAAUAGUCAUUCUAACUUUCAAGGGGAUUCAAAUUUUAACAGAAUGUGGCAACCAGAAUGGGGAAUGCAUCAGCAGCCCCCACACCCCCCUCCAGAUCAGCCAUGGAUGCCACCAACACCAGGCCCAAUGGACAUUGUUCCUCCUUCUGAAGACAGCAACAGUCAGGACAGUGGGGAAUUUACCCCUGACAACAGGCAUAUAUUUAACCAGAACAAUCACAACUUUGGUGGACCACCCGAUAAUUUUGCAGUGGGGCCAGUGAACCAGUUUGACUAUCAGCAUGGGGCUGCUUUUGGUCCACCGCAAGGUGGAUUUCAUCCUCCUUAUUGGCAACCAGGACCUCCAGGACCUCCAGCACCUCCACAGAAUAGAAGGGAACGGCCGUCUUCUUUCAGGGAUCGGCAGCGUUCGCCUAUUGCACUCCCUGUGAAGCAGGAGCCUCCACAGAUUGAUGCUGUAAAGCGCAGGACUCUUCCAGCUUGGAUUCGUGAAGGUCUUGAGAAAAUGGAACGUGAAAAGCAGAAGAAAUUAGAGAAGGAAAGAAUGGAACAACAACGUUCACAGUUGUCAAAAAAAGAAAAGAAGGCCACAGAAGAUGCUGAAGGAGGAGAUGGCCCUCGUCUACCUCAGAGAAGUAAAUUUGAUAGUGAUGAAGAGGAUGAAGAUGCUGAAAAUAUUGAGGCUGUGAGCAGUGGUAAAGUCAGCAGAAGUCCAUCUCCAGUUCCCCAAGAAGAGCACAGUGAGCCAGAGAUGACUGAAGAAGAGAAAGAGUAUCAAAUGAUGUUGCUGACAAAAAUGCUUCUAACUGAAAUUCUGCUGGACGUCACAGAUGAAGAAAUUUAUUAUGUAGCCAAAGAUGCACAUCGGAAAGCAACAAAAGCUCCUGCAAAACAGCUGGCACAGUCCAGUGCACUGGCUUCCCUCACUGGACUCGGUGGACUGGGUGGUUAUGGAUCAGGAGACAGUGAAGAUGAGAGGACUGACAGAGGCUCUGAGUCAUCUGACACUGACGAUGAAGAAUUACGGCACCGAAUCCGGCAAAAACAGGAAGCUUUUUGGAGAAAAGAAAAAGAACAGCAGCUAUUACAAGAUAAACAGAUGGAAGAAGAAAAGCUACAAACAGAAAGGGUUUCAAAAGAGAUGAAUGAAUUUAUUCAUAAAGAGCAAAAUAGUUUAUCACUUCUGGAAGCAAGAGAAGCAGAUGGUGAUGUGGUCAAUGAAAAGAAAAGAACUCCAAAUGAAAUGACAUCGAUUUUAGAACCCAAAAAAGAGCAUAAAGAAAAAGAGAAACAGAGAAGGAGUAGAUCAGGAAGCAGUAGCAGUGGUAGUUCAAGCAGCAACAGCAGAAGCAGUAGUACUAGCAGCACUGUCUCUAGCUCCUCAUACAGUUCCAGCUCAGGUAGUAGUUGCACUUCUUCUCGCUCUUCUUCUCCUAAAAGGAAAAAGAGACAUAGUAGAAGUAGAUCUCCAGCAAUGAAAGCCAGACGUAGCAGAAGUAGGAGCUACUCUCGCAGAAUUAAAAUAGAAAGCAACAGGACUAGGGUAAAGGUUAGAGAUAGAAGGAGAUCUAAUAGGAGUAGCAUUGAAAGAGAAAGACGAAGAAACCGGAGUCCUUCCCGAGACAGACGUAGAAGCAGAAGUCGCUCGAGGGAUAGACGAGCCAAUCGUUCCAGUCGCAGUAGGAGUCGAGAUAGGCGUAAAAUUGAGGAUCAACGUGGAAAUCUUAGUGGGAGCAGUCAUAAGCAUAAAGGUGAGGUUAAAGAACAAGACAGGAAAAAGGAGAGGAGUCGAAGUAUAGAUAGAGACAGGAAAAAGAAAGAUAGAGAAAGGGAACGUGAGCAGGAUAAAAGAAAAGAGAAGCCAAAAAGGGAAGAAAAAGAUUUUAAAUUUAGUAGUCAGGAUGACAGGCUAAAAAGGAAACGAGAGAGUGAAAGAACUUUCUCUAGGAGUGGUUCUAUAUCUGUUAAAAUCGUAAGACAUGACUCCAGACAGGAUAAUAAGAAAAAUACUACCAAAGAUAGUAAAAAGCAUUCAGGUUCUGAUUCUAGUGGAAGGAGCAGUUCUGAAUCUCCAGGAAGUAGCAAAGAAAAGAAGGCUAAGAAGCCUAAACAUAGUCGAUCGCGGUCCAUGGAGAAAUCUCAAAGGUCUGGUAAGAAGGCAAGCCGCAAACACAAGUCUAAGUCCCGAUCAAGAUCGACAACGCCUCCCCGUCGUAAGCGCUGAGGAAUGAUGUGGCAAGAAUGCCACGAUGCUGUUUAAAAAAAUUCCAUGAGUUUUAAGGGCUUGUCUCAUUAUAGAGGCACAUUGUGGCUAUGUAGGUGAAACCAGAAAAUUUUUUUUUAAUGUGUAAAUAGGUGUACUUUUCAAAUGCUGCUUCAAGUUACUUAAUAGGAUUUCUUUGUAUUACUUUUUUUUUCAAGAAAUAGUACAUAAUAAGACUAUAAAUAUACCAUUCUCUUUCAGCUGUAAUGUUCUUAAAAUUAUUCUUGAAUGUACUGUGAUGUCAAUAAAGCUCUUUAGUUCAUUUUUGUUAAAACUCUUGCACCUUAAUUUUAUGAUUUUUAAUCUAAGGAACGUACUUUUAUAAAAAGGCAGCUGGAAUUUUGUAUAACAGGUUUUAGGUUUUAAAAGUUCCUCCCACCUUCCCCAAAGAAAAUGGUUUUAACCUAAUAGUUCGUUAAAGUUUGUAAAUUGUGCCCAUGGACUUUUGUCAAAUUCCAACUUUAAUGGUGUGAAAGAGGGCCAUCAGCUUUCUAACCUUCCAUUUUGGGGAUUUUCAAGUGAUAUAUUCCCUAUGUGUAUAAAAUGUAGUUCACUCCUGUAAAAUGAAAUUGCUGGAAACAAUCAGGCCAGUGCACUAGUGGAGUCACUUGUUAUGAACAGUUGUGUUUGACACUAAUAGUCAAGUCUGGAGCUAUCUUUUAUAGUCACCCAGUUCUGUUUAACAUGUGUAACACCUUGGGAGUACCAGAGAAAUAGGAUUUAAAAUUUAUUUAUAUUAAAAAAAUAUAAUAUGGCCUCAGCUCAAUGAAGGAAUACUGUGUUAUGUAGGAUUUUGUCAGUUAUGUAACAUCAGAAUGGACUGAUUUUUGUCAGUUUACAAAAAUUAUGCUCAAUGAGUGGUCUCAUUGAUUAAGUCAGUAUUUAUGACUAGAAUGGAGCUUUCAAGGCAUUUCAACUUAAGUGCUUAGCUGCUUUCAGGGUCCAUUUUUUAAAGAUUAUGCACUUGAGCAAUGAUAAUUAAGUCUUUGGAAACAAAAUGCUUUUAAAUUUUAGCUUAAAAAGAAAAAAGCAAGUGCAGAGCACAGAGAGUUUUAAAAUAUGCUUUCUUACCAGCAAUAGUUCGUUUAAAAAAUAAUGCCAGAUUUUUGCCAAGGUCAGUGUUUCCUCAAAACGAAGAUUAAAAUAGAUUUGUAUGGUGUGCUCUUUCUUGUACCUCAACAUAACGUUCUUAAAUAAUUUUGAGCGGUUAUGCAUUUAUCUAAAGGAAAUAAAUCUGUGAAUAAAUGCAUGUUUACCAAAACUGGCUGUUUACAGUGCAUUUAGUUCUGAUAUUUACAAAGUUGCCAUUUCACAGAAUAACUUUAAAAUAGUUUGGAGUUCUAUAUACUUUAGUCAUCAGUAACAUCUGAAGACAAGGAAAAUGUGCAAUACUUUUUAUGUAGGUGAGCUAACAGUGUACUACUUGAAGAAUUAUCUGAUUCGUUUGUAAUAGAUAAGUUGUAUAACAUUUUCAUACCUUAAAGUGUUUUAGACCAAUCUUCAAGUGAAAUAUUUUCAAAAUAAAAUUCUACCAAAAAA